AUGCGUGAAAUAAUUCAUAUUCAACUCGGUGGAUGUGGUAAUCGAAUUGGUUCUAAAUUUUGGAAAACUAUAACUGAUGAACAUUGUAUUGAUUCCACAGGUAUUUAUUAUGGUCAAUUAGAUGAAAGUUUUGAAGGUAUUAAUGUUUAUUUCAAUGAAAUACCAAAAGGAAAAUAUUGUCCUCGUGCUAUUCUAGUUGAUCUUGAGCCUGAUGUUAUUAAUACAUUACAUAAUAAUUCAUUCAACAAAUUUUUCUGCUCAGAUAAUAUAAUUUGUGGUAUGAUAUUAUUUUUAUUAAAUGAAUACAAAGAUUUUGUAUGUGUAGGUAAAAUUGGAAGUGGUAGCAGUUGGAGUUCUGGUUUUUAUAACGAUGAUACCGAAGUAAUUGAUCAAGUUCUAAAUACAAUUCGUAAAGAAAGUGAAUUAUGUGAUUGUCUUCAAGGUUUUCAAUUGAGUCAUUCUCUUCUUGGUGGCACUGGAUCAGGUUUUGGAUCAUUACUUAUUGAUAAACUUCGAGAAGAAUAUCCUGAUCGUGCUAUAAUGACAUUUAGUUCUUUAGCAUCAUCUGAAACAUGUGAACAUCUCAUUGAACCAUACAAUAUUGUACUUUCUAUACAACAUUUAAUUGAAAAUGUUGAUGCUACCUACUUUUUCGAUAAUGAAACAUUACAUAAAACAUUUUCUCGUACACAAACAUCACCGACUUACAAUGAUUUAAAUCAAUUGAUAUCAACUGCUAUGUCUGGUGUAACAACAUGUUUUCGUUUUCCAGAUCAGAUCAAUGGCGAUAUGCGAAAACUAAAUAAUCAUAUGAUUCCAUUUCCACGUUUACAUUUCUUAAUGUCCAGUUAUGCUCCAAUAAUUUCUCAAACUUGUAUACAAAAUAAUUCAAUACCAUUAUAUCAAUUGAUUGAAGAAUUAUUUGAUAACAAAAACAUGUUGAUUCCUUGUGAUUUACAACAAGGUCGAUAUCUAAGCGCGACAGCAAUCUUUCGUGGUCGUAAUACGACUAUAAAAGAAAUAUAUGAACAUAUGUUGAAUUUACAAACUAAAGUGAAGAAUAUAAAAACUACUUUAUGUAAAAUUCCAUUGAAAGAUUUGGAAAUAUCAUCAACAUUGAUUGGUAAUCAUACAUCUAUUCAAAAUCUAUUGAAGUAUUUUUUAGAAAAAUUUUCGACAAUAUUUCGUCGAAAACUUUAUAUAUUUGGUUUUUGUCGUUCAGGUAUGGAUGAAAUGGAAUUUACAGAAGCUGAAUCAAAUUUAAGAGAUUUAAUUGAUGAAUAUCAAGAAAUUCAACAUGGAAAAACAGAAAACAACGAAGAAGAUUAA